AGAAUCAGUCUUUCUUUCUUUUUUUGGGGGGGGAGCAGAGCAGUCCAAGAACGAACCAAAGCAAAUGAUUGUUCUAGAAUGGUUAUUCCUCAUAAUUUCUCCUUGUGAUGCAGUGGAACCAUGCCAAUUAGGAUUUCAAGACCCAACAACACCUAUGAUGUAGGGAAUAAUAAACUUACAUUACGAUAUCUUUUUCUUCCUCAUUUUGAUUUUUGUUUUCGUAUUACGGAUCUUGGUUCGUGCUUUAUAGCAUUUCCACCAUAUAAAAAAUCCAAUCCCGCAGAGGAUUGUUCAUGGAACUACUAUCGAGAUUCUUCAUACCAUAUUUCCUAGUAUUAUCUCGAUGUUCAUUGUUAUGCCAUCAUUUGCUCUCUUAUACUCAAUGGACAAUGUAGUAGUAGAUCUAACUAUUACUAUCAAAGCUAUUGAACAUCAAUGGUAUCGGACUUAUGAGUAUUCAGACUAUAACAGUUCCGAUGAACAGUCACUCACUUUUGACAGUAAUAUGAUUCCAGAAGAUGAUCAAGAAUUGGGUUAAUAAUGUUUAUUAGAAGUGGAAAAUAGAGUAGUUGUACUAGCCAAAACUUAUCUAGGUAUUAUUGUAACAUCUGCUAAUGUACCUCAUAGUUGGGUUGUACCUGGUCGUUUAAAUCAGAUCUCUAUUUUGGUACAACGAGAAGGAGUUUAUUAUGGUCAAUGAAGUGAAAUAUGUGGAACUAAUAAUGCCUUUACGUGUGCACCAUGA